CCUUUCUUACAAUUCUUUGGUAUUGACCAUACAUCAAGUAUAAUUGUUUAUAAACACAAAAUCGUUUGGAGGGAAAAUGUAGUGGAACUGUCUCCAACCUACAGUUCGCUUUGUUUUGUUGCUGCUUUGAUUCUGGAAAUUCAUAUUACCGUUGACUUGUGUUUGGAAACCCUAAACUACAUCGACGUCCAUGUUUUUGUACAGAUCCUAGUAAGAUUUUUGUCGAGUAACUCUUGGCUUGUUCGUCCCCCCAACCGUUGACAACAAGAACCAACGAAGAAAACAUGCGAAGAUUUCAACACUAUAUGGUUGUACAAAGGCUGUAAUGAUUAUCGAUGCCUACGCCAAAGAUCUCAGUGCAGGAUGCAGAUGCAUAUUCUGAUAUCUCGAAUGGCUCCACUAUUUCUCUGGCAAGUGGAUCAGAUGGAUUCAGUCCCAGGCCUCCCACAGGUGCUAGCGGGAGAAGGCCUCAAUCAGCCCAAACCCGGAAACCUAAACUUGGGACAAGUGGUUCUCCUUAUGCAUCAAAGCAGACAAAAAACACAAGGCCUCAGCCUAUGAAGCCGUCCAAUACAAGUCUUUGGCUAGCGGCAAUGAAAAGUGGAACAGGAGCCCUCAGCACAGAAAAUACAGGGAUAAACACAUGGGCUGGUCCCAGGCCUGCUCAUGCUACAAAGAAGAGAGGGCCAGGGUCAAGGACAAGGAACUUUAGUGAAGUUGUUGAGUUGGCCAAUGGCAAGUCAAAGGGUCACACCCGUAGUGCAUCUAUGUCAUACACUGAACCCUCCGUAACGUCAGGGGCCCCAGCUUAUAAACCACCCGAGGACUACUAUGACGAGAUCAUAGAGCUAAAGAAGAUUAUCAACACAUUGAAGCAGGAAAAUAACACCCUCAGCACUAAACUCCUCAGGACAGAACAAGAGAAUGUGUUAAAGGACAGACAGAUAGAAGACCUGUUGAAUUCUCGAAAGCAGCCUGAAGAUUUGAGAAGAACUCUCACAGACAAACGAGGGGACACAAGCUCGAUUGUAAACAGCUUGAAACAAAAACUCCAUGCAACAGAGAGAACUGUGAAAGAGAAAGAAUCAGAGCUGAGCAAACUCAAACGAGACAUGAAAUUGACGGAUGUGGAUGAAUUGAGCCUUCAAACAGAGAUGUACUAUCAGGAGGUUCAGCGGUUGCAGCUUGCACUACUUGAGCAGCAGCAAGCCAGAAUGCACCACCAACCGGCAGAAGGAACAAUGGAAUCAAGAGGUGGCCGAGGCAAAACGCCAAUGAGUGCUUCUGCACAGAGGACCCAAGACGAGGUCGAGUUUCUCAAAGCUGAGAAUAAGAGCCUCAAAAACGAUAUGAUUGCCUUUGUCGAGGGGCAGUCCAAGAAAGAUAAGAAAAAGCCCUUCAAAGUCGAGUAUGCCGACAUGUCUCGAGGACAGCUUCUUCAGACGAUACGAGAUUUAGAAAUGAAAGCUGAUGAUGCCAGUUCAAAUCGUAAAGCGAGAGGGAGUGAUGAUCUCAGUGAUGACGAUCCCGCUAAAGACAAGAAACAGUCCAAAAAAGUGAAAGGUCGUUCAGGGUCUCAUGGUUCUACCGCUGACCUGAGAUCGCGGGAGGCAGAGCUUCUUGAGGAGCAGGAGAAGCAGAGACAGGUGAUAGAGCGACUGAAGGAAGACAGAACCCACUACAGGAAUGUCGCAGACGAGCUAAGGGACAAACUUCGCCUUACGGAAGAAGAGCUCGAAAGGUACCGUAGCUCCUCCGAGAAACCCCAAAUCAUUGAGCAACGAAGAACAAGUAUUACGUCCACUGCCAGCCAGUACAGCACGCGCAAGCCCUCUUUACGGACAAGUGAGCGAGAAUCGGAGAUGGAGCGAGAGCUUGAAGAGUUUAAGCAGAGACACGCGGCUAAGACACUACAGAAGCAAUGGCGGCAGUACCACGGCCACAAACAGACCUUGGAGAGCGAACGGAGAUGGCUGAAGGAGCAGCAAGAGCAGGACAAAGCCGCACAAACAUUGCAAAAACAGUGGCGGAGACACAGGGACUAUAAGCGACAGCAAAAUGAGGUGGAGCAGGAAGAGGCCGUACUGGAUAUUCAAGCAGCACUGCGUGGUCACGUGGUUCGCCAGCAAAGACUCGCUCAGAUGGAUGAGGUCCCGGAAGAAAUGGACUCCGAUGGCGCUGUCGUCAAUAUCCAAUCAGCAAUGAGGGGUCAUGUGACGAGGUCUUCCUUGUCACGGCAAAGCUAUGGGGAGGGGUCACGUAACAGCCCGAUGGAUAAGAGGUCCACGCACGAGUUAUCGGAGUCGGAUGAUUCGGAUGGAGGCUUGGACAUCGAAGCCUUAUCCUCUCGUCAAGAUAAGAGCAAAUCGCCAUUCUCAUCGCGUAAAAGAUCCAGUUUCACAGAUGAGAUUCCAUCACGUGAGCCCAAACCACUCCCUCGCACUAGAGCCUCACCCUCCUUGCACCCACCACGCCCUGCACCUCGCACCCAUAGGACCCCUGACAGUUCCCCUCCCCUCCCCCCGCCUCGGCACACCAAGACUGCUGCCACACCCACGAUCAACCUACCGGACACGUCAGAGUCGGACUCAGAUGACGACGUCGUCAUUGGUGGUAACGCCUCACACGUCAGGGGUAAUGACUCGGCUAUCAAGAAUGCCCGGUCAGUAAACCCUUUGACGGACUCGGUUGUUAAUAGGACAUCGUCAAUAGCCCAUCCCAAGGCUAUCAGGAAGCCUCAAUCAGUAUCUCAUUCAACAGAUCUGGCUGCAAAGAGGCAUGGCUCAGUUGCCUCUUCCACAGACUCGUCUAUGAAGGAGACUGCGUCAGUCUCCCCGUUAACGGAAAAGUCCGUCAUCUCUGGGUCUCCCAGUGACUCGACGGUCACAAGGAGUGAAACAGUUGCUGCCACAUGCCCCACAAACUCGGCUAUCAAGGAGACCAAGAUUGGCACCUAUUCGUCUCCAAAAAUUGCGGUUAACAAAACGACCGCGACUGUCACCCCUGCCUCUUCCACAAAUUCGGACUCCGAUAACGCUAUGGUUAUGUUUGGAUCCAACAAGAAAAUUACUUCUUCGAAAUCUAGCACCAAAAAGACGGGCCAAGAUCUCAAGACUGAUGACACUUCUUCGUCUGCGAGAGAAACUAGAAGGCAGGCAGGUAUUCAAAGAAACCGGCAGGGUGAUGACGAACUCGAGGACGACUUUAAGAGACUUUCAGAAGCAAGAAUUGGAGUAAUAGAGCGGAAUGAUUUAGCAAACGAGGACAAAUCUCUGAAUGUGAAGGCUACCAGACGAAGCAAGCCUAUUGCUGCUCCAAGAAAAAGAAUUCUUCGCAAGACGUCAUCAAGGAACAAAAUAGUUCAUGGUGCGACUGAUAGAAACAGUUCCAAGGUACACGAGAACGUGCAGGUUAAGAUAGAUGGCAAGACAGAUGACGCAAAUACUUCCAGUGCACACAGAGACGUGCAGGUUAAGAUAGAUGACAAGACAGAUGACGCAAAUACUUCCAGUGCACACGGGGACGUGCAGGUUAAGAUAGAUGGCAAGACAGAUGACGCAAAUACUUCCAGUGCACACAGAGACGUGCAGGUUAAGAUAGAUGACAAGACAGAUGACGCAAAUACUUCCAGUGCACACGGGGACGUGCAGGUUAAGAUAGAUGGCAAGACAGAUGACGCAAAUACUUCCAGUGCACACAGGGACGUGCAGGUUAAGAUAGAUGACAAGACAGAUGACGCAAAUACUUCCAGUGCACACAGGGACGUGCAGGUUAAGAUAGAUGACAAGACAGAUGACGCAAAUACUUCCAGUGCACACGGGGACGUGCAGGUUAAGAUAGAUGGCAAUGCAGAUGACGCAAAUACUUCCAGUGCACACAGGGACGUGCAGGUUAAGACGAUUAAAGGUGUGGCUGAUGAAAAAUGUUUCAAUGCUUGUAAUGAACAGCAAGAACUCUCGUUAUCUUCGCCGAAUAAAUUCUUUUCUGGUUUGGAAAUGCCAAAUUUUGCGCCUUCGACUACGAAACCAAUAGUGAGCUUCAUGGUAGAGGAAAAAGACGACAAAAGACAAGCUUCGAAAACAGAAACGAAUAAGAACAUAAAUAUUGAAUGGAACAAUAAUAAUGAGAAAGAAAAUGUAAUGGACAAUGAGUUAGCUAUAUACCCUGGAUUGACGACCUUAAACGAUAGAGACAGAGUGAUGGAUCCGGGAAACGUUAGCAGCGGUAUCACCAGUAGAACAGCCACGACAUCAGACAAGCUGAACAAUCCACCUACAGUAGCUACAGGACACCGAAGACGAGAUUCAGAACAUGAUUUAUCCAGUCAAAACAAAUCGCUGACAUCAACAAGCAAAGAAAUCCGCAAGGAAUUUGUCGGUCCAGAGCGUUCAACUUACCCACCUUCGUCUCUUGAAGAGGUGUUCAGCUCUGACGGCAAGGAUUACAUGCAUCAAGAGGUCAAGAAAGAGGGCGUUGCCCGUUAUUCAACGGAAACUCGAGACAGCUAUGCCGCGCCUACAGAUAGCUGGCGACUGUCAGAUAACAAAUGCAUGCCGGUACGGGGCGGUGCAGGUGCUGGAAUAUCCAAACGAGUGAACCCACAAAGAACGAUCGAUGAAGGUUCGGAAGAAAGCAGUCCUAACUUGAGAUUCUCCUCGCGUGAUAGGAAGAACACACCCGAUCGACACUCGUCCGAUCGAAAAUCGAGCUAUUCCGAUCACAAAACAACACCCACUGAACGUAAAUCAAGUACUAGUCAACAACAGAACGUGCCAAGCGGGGACUCGCUUAGACGGAAAACGUCUUCAAGAAAUCGACACGAAAUUGCGGAUAGCGACGAUGAUGAUGAUGACGAUGACGUAGAAGUAACUUCACCGAAGACCGCAAAAAAUACUGGGACUUCCCAAAGACCCAGUCUCUCGCGUAACUCCGCCAGCUCCCACUCUCGGGAAGACCGGGGCAAGGAAAGUUCCCGAACUUCCUCGACAAGGCGCACCAGCAGCGAUAAAUAUGCAAAGACCACCGGGAAAUUCAGCCGAGAAAUUGACGAGGACUCGGAGGAGGACAGCGAUGACGUCAUCGUGACCUCUAAGCGCGCAGUGCCUGUUGGGAGGAAAGACUCGUCUACUUCCCGGUCUGGUGUUAGUAAGGAGCCAGCGAGACGGGAAUCAUUUAUGGAUAGUCUCUUCUCUUCUUCCAAAUCCAAGUCUAACCAGCCGAAUACCAAGAGGCGUAGCAUGUUCGAGAUCAAUGACGAUGUUGACAGUGAGAGUGAUGACGACGACGAUAUCGUCGUGACGUCAAAGUCAAACUCGAGGAGCAAGUCGGGAAGCUCAAGCGGAAAACGGGAAUCCAAAGAGUCGCUGUCAAGUUUAUGGUCAAGCUCUACUCAAGACGCCAAGAAGCAUAGCGACAGCGGAGGCCUGGGCUUUGGUUUCUCUUCCGCGUCUCGUAAAAGGGAUAUCACUCUUGAUGAGCUCUUUUAGUGCCAAGUCCUCCGAGGUUAUUCUCCCAAAGGUAGCCCACAGGAGCGGGCCUGAUGGGUAAAGUAGGUUCAAUUUCCAGCUCGUCUCUGUGAGCCCGCAAUCCGUUCUCUCCUGUGGGGCCAAUAAGACCUAGCGACAGCUAAAUCCUAUGGCUAAAGCCGAUUAUAUAUUUACUGAGGAAUAAUUGUAUCGUGGCAGAAACAUAAGACUUAUCUAAGUUUCCGACCGUGGUGUAUUUUUUAAUAAAUUUGUACAGACAACA